AAGCGAAGAGUUGUCGCAUGACUCUGAAAGAGUCAGUUGGCUGUGUUUUUGGAUAAGGAGUCCUACAAUCAGGGGCGGUGUGAAGGAAGGUCAAGGGCUUCAAGGACCUCGUUGAUUUACGCCGACAAGCCAACGAGCGAUGAGUCUAUGUGGAGUUGUGCUGCUGUGUAUUGUGUGUAUCCUUCAAGUGAGCAGCAGUGAGGAACAUAUUAUUGGUUACAGUGGCCAAUCAGUCGUCCUGAAAUCUGGAGCGGACAGUUCAUGGAAUCUCACCAGAGUUCAGUGGUCCAUUUAUAAGAACACCACAUACAUUGCGAGUCUAAAGGAUGGCGAAGUGUUUAUAUACAAGUUCUGGCGACAUCAGGGUCGACUUGACCUCAACAAUGAAACGGGAGAUUUAACAAUCCGUAAUGUGACAGUGGACGACAGCAUGACAUACAACGUGGCUUUGGUCACCUCAGAUGGCACGCGGAAGCAAGAUAAAGUUCAUCUCACAGUUCGAGAAAGUCUCAAGACACCAGACAUCCAGAAGACGCUUCAUUCCCGCAAUGACAGCCGGUGCUACGUUGCCCUCGAGUGCAUCGCAUCUGGCCAAAAUGUGAAUUUGUCCUGGACGCCUGAUGGCGAGUUCAACGGAUCGUAUAUUUCAGGAAUCCCAAACUCUGUUGACUCUUCGCUAGUUCUUUUCGCAUCAUUUAGUGGCAACAGACACGUGACGUUUACCUGCACUGCCUCCAGUGGUCAACAGACUGUGACCAGGCAAAUGAUAGUGGGAUGUUCAGAGGAGAAGCAGAAGUGUGAAGCCUGCACUGUUUGCAGUUCGUGCGCUUCCUCUGUGAUAUUGAGUAUUCUGUUUACAGCUGCAGUUUUGGGCUUUGCAUAUGCAUUUACAAGAAAUAAAGAGAGCAUUAUAGCUGCUUGCCCUGAAGGUCCCCUACAUUUCAUCCAGAAUAUAAGCAGUCCUGGCUCCUGUGGUGUUCAAGGGAAACAAGACGCGGCGUAAGAAGAAGAAAACUUAUCUUGCAUAAGGUUCAACUGAGCAAUGAUCAGCAUGCGUGUUACUUUAUGGAAGGGAACAUCUAGC